GGAAGGUACAUGCAUUGCUGGCACACUCUCCUCCACACAACUAAAUCUCAAAUAUCCACAAACAACGUAUAAUCAUCAGAUCUGAGAAUAGUGAAGGAAGUAGAAUUUUGUGAAAAUUCUUGCAUCUGCCUAAAAUGAGCUUCAACAAAUAUGAAUCUCUUAGCAGGUUGGAUGACAGCCGAGAGGAUUGGGUUAUUCGAGUAAGAGCACAAACACUCUGGAAAAGCAUAAAUAAGAAGACAGGCGAGUUCAAGGGAUACAAUCUCAUAGCGUUCGAUGACUCGAGUGAAAGGAUUCAUGCUUACAUAAGCGCUCAACUCUCUGCCGUAGUUGCUGAUGUACUAAAAGAAGGAGAAAUAUAUAUCUUCCAGAAUUUUAAGGUUGCACACUAUAAUGGUGACGAAACUAACCGUGCAGUUAGAAAUGUGAAGCAUAUUUAUUUUUCAAAUGAAACCAAGAUUGAAAAAGACACAGGACUGGGUUUGAAGAUUGCUCCCUAUAGUUUCGAUUUCUACACCUUACAGUGCAUGGAUGGUUUAAAAAAUGAUAACCGUUUCCUAACUGAUGUCAUUGGAGUGAUAGAGAAUAUUGAAGAUAAAGUGGUAUAUAUGAAGGAUGGAGUUGAGAAAUCCCAUGUCCCCUUGACAAUAACUGAUGGAAGGACUUCCAUAAAUGUAACAUUUUUCAAUGAGUUUGGUGACAAGUUUCUUGAGGAAAUUGAUACAAUAGCAGAACGCCCACUAAUUGUUAUCAUCACAAGUGCGAAAGCCAGUGAAUAUAAUAAGCAACUGUAUUUGACCCAUUUCCCCGCGACUCGGUUUUACUUGAACAUUGAUCACCCGUCCGUUCACAAGCUCAGGAAAAGGUAUGGCCAGCCAAAUUUCUAUACCAAAAAAGAUAUAAGCAAAGAUGAGGAACCAGAACCAGUUCUACCAACAAUGAAAAUAAGUGAACUGAAAAAACUUACUGAAGAUUACAUAGAGAAACGAGUGAUUUGCAUGCUGAAUGUGAAGAAGGUGGAUGAGAAGAUGAAUUGGUACAUUUGCUAUUGUACUCAAUGUGACAUAGAAGUUUUAACAGUGGAUGGUGUUUACAAGUGUACUCAAUGUAGCAGGGUCAUGCCCUAUCCUGACAAAAGGUUCCAGCUAUAUACUCUAUGCUCUGAUGAAACCGGUAUUAUUCCUGUUAUCUGGCCUAAUGAAGAAAUUGUUCGUUUGAUUGGCAAGGAGAUAUACGAGGUGGAGUUGGAUAUUGAGGAGUCUGGAGAAGGUGAUAAAUUCCCCCAACUACUGAAAUUUCCUCUGAAAAAAAACUACAAUUUCACCAUUGCUUUGACCAAAGAAAAUCUCAAAGAGGGGUCCAAAGUUUACAAAGCACUGCAAAUUUAUGAGGUGAUGGAUGUGUGCGCAACCCAUUCACCAAAACAGCAACAAAAUGAGAUUCAAGCACAGACUGAAGUUACAAAUGUUCUUGAAAAUCACUCAAAGGGUGGUAGCCCGCAGACUGGGAACUCAACGAACAAGACCAGACCGAGGUUCAUGGUGGAGAAGGAAAGUGAAAAAGAAGUUAAUGAACACCCACCAAAACUGAAAAACAUUAAGCAGGAAAAACCUUAGGUGACAUGUUGACGUAGAAGAAGAAACUGACAGGAGAGGACAUGUCCUAAUGACAAUGAAUGCAUCAACUCAAAUUUCCUUUUGCUUAACAAUGAAGUACUAUUUGAACUGAAUUUGUAAUAUUCGUCUGAGGUUGUAUACCUUAUGUUUCCUUAAAACAUUGAAACUUAUUGCUCAGUUUGUAGUUAAAGCUUGCGUACCUAC